GAUUUGGGACACACUUUGACCCUCUAAGCUCUCUGACAUUGACCCUCUUUCAUUAUUAACAAAGAAGAAGCAGGAGCUUAGGACCCAUUAACAACAGCUCAUUAAUACACUAACUGGACAGUGUUCUGCAGACAAUUCUACACUGUAAAGAACUGGAUUGGCACAAAAUAAAAUCAUUUCAAAUUUCACUCAGCUUAUAAUAUGACUCAAUGGAGGAAAAUUUGAUAAGCAUGAGGGAAGACCAUUCUUUUCAUGUCCGUUACAGAAUGGAAGCGUCCUGCCUAGAGUUGGCCUUGGAAGGGGAGCGUCUGUGCAAGUCCGGGGACUGCCGAGCAGGUGUGUCCUUCUUUGAAGCUGCAGUUCAAGUUGGAACCGAAGACCUGAAAACACUUAGUGCUAUUUACAGCCAGUUGGGCAAUGCUUAUUUCUAUUUGCAUGAUUAUGCCAAAGCAUUAGAAUACCAUCAUCAUGAUUUAACUCUUGCAAGGACUAUUGGAGACCAGGUGGGGGAAGCCAAAGCUAGUGGUAAUCUGGGAAACACCCUAAAAGUUCUUGGAAAUUUUGAUGAAGCUGUAGUCUGUUGUCAGCGACACCUAGAUAUUUCCAGAGAGCUUAAUGACAAGGUGGGAGAAGCGAGAGCACUGUACAACCUUGGAAAUGUGUAUCAUGCCAAAGGGAAAAGUUUCGGCUGUCCCGGGCCUCAGGAUGUGGGGGAGUUUCCUGAAGAAGUGAGGAGCGCUCUGCAGGCGGCUGUGGACUAUUACGAGGAAAACCUAUCCCUAGUGACUGCACUGGGGGACCGAGCAGCCCAAGGACGUGCCUUUGGGAACCUGGGGAACACACAUUACCUCCUGGGCAACUUCAGGGACGCCGUCAUAGCUCACGAGCAGCGCCUCCUUAUUGCAAAAGAAUUUGGAGAUAAAGCAGCUGAAAGAAGAGCAUAUAGCAACCUUGGAAAUGCGUAUAUAUUUCUUGGUGAAUUUGAAACUGCCUCCGAAUACUACAAGAAGACGCUGCUGUUGGCACGACAGCUCAAAGACCGGGCCGUGGAAGCUCAGUCUUGCUACAGCCUUGGGAACACAUACACGUUACUGCAAGAUUAUGACAAGGCCAUCGAUUAUCAUCUGAAGCACUUAGCAAUUGCUCAGGAGUUAAAUGAUCGAAUUGGUGAAGGCCGAGCAUGCUGGAGCUUAGGAAAUGCAUACACAGCUCUGGGAAAUCAUGAUCGAGCAAUGCAUUUUGCAGAAAAGCACUUGGAAAUUUCGAGAGAGGUGGGGGACAGGAGUGGGGAGCUGACCGCACGCCUCAACCUCUCAGAUCUGCAGAUGGUCCUCGGUCUGAGCUACAGCACCAAUAACUCCAUCAUGUCUGAGAACAUCGAAGCCGAGAGCAGUUUAAAUGGUGCCCGUCCCAAGUUUGGACGCCGACACAGCAUGGAAAACAUGGAACUUAUGAAGCUGACACCGGAAAAGGUACAGAACUGGAAUAGUGAAAUUCUUGCUAAGCAAAAGCCUCUCAUUGCCAAGCCUUCUGCAAAGCUGCUGUUUGUUAACAGAUUAAAGGGGAAAAAAUACAAAAGUAAUUCCUCAGCUAAAGUUCUCCAAGAUGCCAGUAAUUCCAUCGACCACCGAAAUACAAAUCCUCAAAGGAAAAUCAGUGCAGAUACCAUUGGAGAUGAAGGAUUCUUUGACCUGUUGAGCCGAUUUCAAAGCAAUCGGAUGGAUGAUCAGAGGUGCUGCUUACAGGAAAAGAACCAAAGAACAGCAUCAACCACAGCUGCCUCCACUCCCCACAAAGUGAUGCGGAAAACACCAUCUGUUUCCAUGGCAUCCCCCAACACAGAUGAGUUCUUAGAUCUUCUUGCGAGUUCCCAGAGCCGCCGCCUCGAUGACCAGAGGGCCAGUGUCAGUGACCUGCCGGGCCUGCGUCUGACACAGGCCAACAGUCAAUCAGUCCUGGGCCACUUGAUGACAAAUGACAACAAAGAACCUGACGAAGACUUCUUUGACAUCCUUGUAAAAUGCCAAGGUUCCAGAUUAGAUGAUCAAAGAUGUGCUCCACCGCCUGCUACCACAAAAGGACAAACAGUGCCGGAUGAGGACUUUUUUAGCCUUAUUCUACGGUCUCAGGCGAAAAGAAUGGAUGAACAGAGAGUUCUGUUACAAAGAGAUCAAAAGAGAGACACUGAAUUCGGAGUAAAGGACCUUCUGCAACGAAAUAAUGCUUUGUUGGAAUUUAAAACUUCUGAAAAAAAAUAAUCAAACCACUCGUUACUUUUUUUU